CCCCACGACAUUUGUUUGCACCUCUUAGCCAGCUCAUUCCAUUCAACACCAACACCAACAACACCAAAACCAAACCCCCCCCUCUCUCUCUCUCAUCAAAUCCUCUCUCUCUCUACACUGCUUGUCAACGUUUUCUCCACCAGAUCUCUCGGAGUAACCCUUUGGAGAUGCGUGCUUGUUGAGAUUUCAACUCUCUGAGUUUUAGAGAGAGAAGAUGGAGAAUGGUUCUGUGGAGAGAGAAAGCGGUGCCGGCGCUUUCAUGUUCAGCGAUGAGGAGAUGAGUGAGAUAAGUGGGUUGAAGACAGGCGAUGAUUAUGUGGAGGUGACGUGUGGGUGUACGAGUCAUAGAUAUGGCGAUGCUGUUGGGAGGCUUAGGGUUUUCGUUGGUGGUGAUCUCGAAAUCAGCUGUGAAUGUACCCCUGGUUGUCAGGAAGAUAAGUUGACCCCCGCUGCAUUUGAGAAACAUUCUGGACGAGAAACUGCUAGGAAAUGGAAGAAUAAUGUUUGGGUCAUAGUUAAUGGGGAGAAGGUUCCGUUGACGAAGACAGCGCUGCUUAAAUAUUACAAUCAAGCAUCAAAAAGUGCCAAUGGAUCCCAUAGAUCUCAUAAUGGUCGAGUUUGUCAUCGUGAUGAGUUUGUUUGCUGCAGUAGGUGUAACAAAGAGCGCAGGUUCCGUCUCCGCACCAAAGAGGAAUGCCGGGCUUAUCAUGAUGCAUUAGCAGAUGUUAAUUGGAAGUGUACUGAUAUGCCAUAUGACAAAAUAACAUGUGACGAUGAUGAAGAACGAGCAAGUCGCAGAGUUUAUAGGGGCUGCUCCCGUUCUCCAACAUGCAGAGGUUGCACCUCCUGUGUGUGUUUUGGAUGUGAAAUCUGUCGUUUUGCAGACUGCAGCUGCCAGACUUGCAGCGAUUUCACUAGGAAUGCAAGGGCUUGAAUCUCCAAAACACUGCUUUCCAGUCCUUAAGUUUCCUUUUUAUAUUUGAUGGGUUCCUUAUUCCCAUUGUUACUUCAUUUAAACCCAUGCCAAUUUUUACAGAGAGCUCAAGUGAAACUCACUUUUUACAUGAAACUGAUUUUUCUUUCCCGAA